AUUACAAUUUUAUUAGAAUUAGCCAACAAAUUAGGAAAGUGAUUAACAGCAAUGAAAAGUGAUAUUUUAUAUUUUAGCCGACCGGGCAUUAAAAAAAAUGCCAUAUUAACCUUUUGUAUUGGUGUAAUAUUUGGUAUAUUUUUUGCUUAUACUACAAUAUCCAUUACUGAAUGCCAUUUCAAAGAUAUCAAAAUACUUCCAUCGAAGUUUUCAUAUGAUUCAGCUAGAUACCAUGAUCCUCAUUCACAUGGACAUGAUAAUGAAGGUUCAUUCAAUGAUUCAGUCAUUAUGAAAGACCAUGGGGAAAAUGAGACAUUGCAUUUUCAUGAAGAUCUUGUGGCUCAAGAGCUUAAAAAACGAAUUAGAGUUCUUUGUUGGAUCAUGACUAGUCCUAGUAAUCAUAUUAAAAAAGCAAGACAUGUAAAAGCCACAUGGGGUAAACGUUGCAAUACAUUACUUUUUAUGAGCACUGUUGAAGAUAAAAGCUUACCUUCUAUUGCAUUACCAGUUAAAGAGGGUAGAGAAUACCUUUGGGGCAAAACUAAAGAAGCAUUUAAGUACAUCUUUAAACAUUAUAAUGAUUAUGAUUAUGUAUUGAAAGCUGAUGAUGACACGUAUGUUAUAGUUGAGAACUUGAGGUAUAUGUUAACUUCAUUUAACCCAAAAGAUCCAAUAUUCCUAGGUUGUAGAUUUAAACCCUAUGUUAAACAGGGAUACAUGAGUGGCGGUGCAGGUUAUUUGCUAAGCAAAGAAUCAGUUAAGAGGUUUGUUGAAAAAGCUAUACCUCAUAAACAAUGUCGGCAAGAUAAUGGUGGAGCUGAAGAUGUAGAAAUUGGUAUUUGUCUUCAGUUAGUUGGAGUAAAAGCUGAGGAUACUAGAGAUAGUUUAGGUCGUGGUCGUUUCUUUCCAUUUAUUCCAGAACACCAUCUUAUACCUGGACAUACAGAUCCAAGUUUUUGGUACUGGAAAUAUAUUUAUUAUCCAAUAGUAGAGGGUAUGGAUUGUUGUUCAGAUACUGCGAUUUCAUUCCAUUAUGUUAAUCCUAAUAAUAUGUAUGUGCUUGAAUAUCUAAUUUAUCAUUUACGGCCGUAUGGAGUGACUCAAAAUAUUGAUCAAGCUAUUGUAAACAAAAUUUAUCUUAACAAGGAAAGUAAUGCUACUAAGACUGAACAGCCAACAAAUAAAACACAAAAUGUAUAAACUUAAAUGAAAUGUUCUUAAGACAUUUUACUGUGAUUACAGUUGACUCUUAUAUUGUAUAUUAUUUAUUAUUAUAUUUAUAUACAAACUAGAAUAAUUAGUUCCAUGCCAUUUACCCAUUCUGUUAGUGUACAGAAUAUUUUUACUAGUCAAUAACUUGUUGGCAAAUCCUAGUCAAUUUGCUCAUAAAGUUCUUAUUGAUGGAACUUGAUUUCUUGAAUUUGUUUUUCUUAUUAUCUAAAUGAACAUAAUUAUUAUGCACCAUAUUUAUUUAUUUCUGU